GUGAGGCGCCAGGCGUGAGGCGCGUCUCGUGGGGAGGGCGCGGGCCGGGCCAGCAUGGAGGCCGUCAUGGUGGUCAGCGGGGCGGCGUACGGCCUGGCGGCUGUGGCGAGGCAGCUCGCCGGACAGACGGGGCGCGAGCGACUGGCCAAGACGUCGGAGGCUCAAGUUCCAGUGGAGUAUCGAUCCGGGUACGGCAGCUCCAGCUCCAGCUACGGUGGAGGGGCCAGCCUGGAGACGGCCCUACUCUCUCUCGCCUUCCUCGCCUUUGCUGUAUUCGUCAUUCAAAAUCUGCAGGCGAUCAUCGCCCUGCUGACCGGCGGCGGCGGGGGUGGAAGGUCAGCGACCGGCCGGGCCACGCGCCCCAGCUCUGACGCAGACGACAGCCGGUUGUACGACCUUGACAUGGUAUCGGAGGUCACGCAUCAGUUCAUGCUGGCGCUGUACAAGUACAGCGGCUACUGACGGACGCUUAGUGGCCAUAGGUGUUACUGACAAGUUGUUCGCGAAUACGAAUGCGGAGUCUUCGAUGUAGAUAUCCAUGCAGAAUGUUGGCUACAGCGUUCAUCGACUAGGAUAAGAUGCUAUGGGCAUGAAUGUGACGUGUGCAUAUGACCUUGUCAA